AGCGCUGCGCUCCUCCGGCUGCUGGGGACAGACCCGGGGACACUCGCAAGGAUGGCCUCGGACAGCGACAGCGCCAAUCCCCACGGCAUGAAUCCUCACCUCCGGGUCAACGGGCCCAUGAACAUCAACCACUACGCCACCAAGAAGAGUGUGGCGGAGAGCAUGCUGGACGUGGCACUCUUCAUGGCCAAUGUCACCCAGCUCAAAGCUGUGCUGGAGCAGGGCACGUCCUUCCAGUACUACGCCACCCUCAUCGUGCUCAUCAGCAUCUCCCUCUUCUUCCAGGUGCUGAUUGGGAUUCUCCUGAUCAUCACUGCUCGUUUGAACCUGAAUGAUAUUGCAAAGCAACCCCGCCUGAACAUACUCAACAACGCUGCCACAGCUCUCAUCUUCAUCACAGUCAUCCUCAACAUCUUCAUCACAGCCUUUGGGGUGCAGAAGACUGGCCUCUACCCUAGCAGGAAUUUUGGCCCUUAUUAAUUCAUGGGGCAAUGGACUCAGGAUCUGAGCAGUGCAGCUCUCCUCCAUGCUUCCACUGACCUCAGCAGGAGUCCAUGGAUGAAUCCAGGAAACUGGGUUAAACUUCAAAACUCUGUGUGUAUCAUAGCAUACCGGCCCCUUGCUGUAAUGCUUUUGCAGUUCUGAGGGGUAGGAACAUUGCCUUUCCAAGCUAGGACAAACUUUGCAAGAGAAAACUGCAGGAACAGCAGCAGGUAUACAUUUUGAAAGUGCAGCUCUGUAAAUCUCUUUUCUUAUUUUAGCUGCCUGCUUCACAUAUUCAAUAUUAGCUCAUUUGGUAGAGAAGACUGAAUGAUUUACUUUGUAGGCUAAAUAAAUAAGUCCAGUUCUUUUUUGUCUCAAACAUAAGUUGGUGCCCUUAAAGCAAUUCUAUGUAAUAGUUUACCUCCCAAAUGUUGGAAUGGAUUUCUCAAACUAAAAAAGAAGUUUUCCUAGGAGGAUAGAAUGGUGUGUGUGAAGAUAGCUAGAACCAGUUCAAAUGUUUUCCUAGUUGUUUAAAAUUAAAUGUUACACAGUUAAGAAAACAAUCAGAUAUUUCCAGCACUGGGAUAUUAACAAGGACAGAAAAUAAUUAUAGUGGUCUGAUGUCAUCAUCAGUGACCUAUCAGGAAUGAUGUCAGAAUAGCCUGACAAUACUUAAUAGAAAAUGAAGAAACAUUAUACAUAAGGCCACAGCCUAGGCUUAUUGCUGCAAUGAAAAAUUACAGUUAAAUAGCUUAUUACUUUAUUUUAAAAAUCACCAUUAUGAUUUAUUCUUAUCACUAAUAUAAAUGUUUUAAAAUGUAUUUGGUUUAUAAUGACAGCUCUGGUAAUUCUCUUGUAUUAGAACCAUUUGUUUCCAUAAGAAAAAAAUCCUUUGAAUUAAUGAGUUUCAAGACUUUUAUGAAAGAGUAAAAAUUUUCAAUCUUAAAUUUUUUAACUCUAUAGUCAUGCUAAAAAAUGGUAUUUUAAUAGCCUUAUGUAAGCCUAUUUAAAUAAUUACAUGCUCUUUUGAUUAUUAAAUGAUUUUUCCAUUGUA